GACUUGGAGUUUAGUCAAACUGACAGCUGCAUGUUUUUUUUUUCUUGUGUAAGUUAUUUUGUUUCGUUGGAAUUAAAACACUAAAACACGUUGAAUAUUAAAUGAAUAGCAAUCUUCAAAAAAGUCCUGAGACUGCAUGGUCAAGUGUACUCGCAGGGCUGCUCGAUGCAUUAAAUCAUUUUACUAACCGCCUCGAGGACUGAAGACAUCGCCAGUCAUGAGUAACUUGUCACUGCUCGCGUCUGCAUCGCAGGAUCUCGAUCUGGAUGGUAAUGCGUUCAUACUAACAUCUGCCACUAUGGACAACGGGACAACAUCCAGUAGACCAGAAAGAAACGAAUUACUAGCCUGGGCAGAGAUCGGUGUGCUCAGUCUCAUUUUCAUGACCGCCUCUUUCGGCAAUUCUUUUUUGGUAGUCGUGAUCUGGAGGAGACGAAAACGGAUGUCAAGGAUGUAUAUUUUCAUGAUGCAUCUGAGUAUCGCUGAUUUAGUGGUGGCAACUUUCCAGGUGCUCCCCCAGCUUAUAUGGGACAUAACGGAUUUGUUUUGGGGUCCAGAUUUUCUUUGUAGAGGUAUUGCUUAUCUACAACUUGUCGGCAUGUUUGCCUCCACCUACAUGACAGUGGCAAUGACUUUGGACAGGUUUCAGGCAGUUUGCUACCCUAUGGUGACUUUCCAGAAGAAAAGAGCAUUCUGGAACGGAGCGGUGUGCACCAGUUGGUGCAUUUCUUUUCUUUUUAGUCUGCCCCAGGUGUUCAUCUUCUCCAAAAGGGAAAUUGAACCCGGAGUCAGUGAAUGCUGGGCAGAUUUUAUUGAACCAUGGGGUGGUAGGGCUUACAUCACGUGGGUGUUCAUUGUAAUUUUCUUUAUCCCCACCAUUGUUCUGAUCAUCUGUCAAGUGCUGAUAUGCAGAAUCAUCCAAAUGAACAUCUACAGUAAGACUCACAGCGAUGUCAAGUCCAGUCAGAAACAGGCGAUGCCUUCCAGAGCCAGCAACAUCAAUUGCUUUUCAAAAGCAAUGAUCAAGACGGUGAAAAUGACGGUUGUAACAGUAGUAGUGUAUGUUUUAUGUUGGACUCCUUUUUUUGUUGUUCAAUUAUGGUCUGCGUGGUCUCCAAGUAAAGUUGUUGAAGGUGCUGUGUUCACGAUUUUCAUGCUUCUAGGAAAUUUAAACAGCUGUACCAAUCCUUGGAUUUACAUGUACUUUUGUGACCAUAUACCAUGCUGCCGAAAACAUCAAGACAGCAGCUCAAUUCGAGAAGAUUCUGCUGUGACAGCAAGUAUCAAUUUUGGUGAAAAAGAACCUAUAGAAACAUUUACGAACUUAUAAAGUUAAUAGGUGCCCAUAGGUUCUUAUGUUUCUUCUUAAAUAAAGAGUUGAACAUAACACGAAGAUAAACAAUCAUUGAAACCAAAUUAGGUGUGUUAAUCCUCAGUUUGUGCAAUUUCAGUAGUUCUGUUACCUCUUUGGUAAGUUCUUACUGCUAUGUGGCUUAUGUUUGAAAUGAAUCUAUGAAGCAAACUCAAUGAAGUAAAAAAAUAACAGUAAUUUGUGUAAUAUUCUAUUAAGAAAAUAGUGUUUUGUCAAUGCUGAAAGUAUCAAACA